AUGGAUUCCGGGGCUAGCAUAGAUGGUACAGGCGCUAAUGAUCUUGGAUCUCUAUAUUUCCAUGAUGACGAGAAGAGUGUGUCUGAGCUGAAACAUGAAUGCCACGAGGAAAAGACAUCUGGCCUGAAGGGCAGAGAAAAUGGAGACAGCAUAAAUAACCAAGAAUGCAGCUCUGCAAAGAGGGGUGGGCUCCCACGAAGGCCUGAAGGGUGGGCGUGGACGUUUGCAGUUAUUGUACUACUUGCUUCAGCCUUUCUCUAUGGAUUGGAUACUACCAUCGUAGCGGAUGUCCAAGCGCCAGUUGUAGAGCAGUUUGGUGCUGUUCAGAAACUUAGCUGGCUAGGAUCCGGCUUUCCCUUGGGGUCCGUUGCAACAAUUCUUCCCCUCAUUAAGGCUAUAUAUAUUGCUUCUAUUGUCCUAUUCGAGGCCGGAAGUGCCCUUUGUGGAGCGGCACCAAACAUGAAUGCACUGAUUAUAGGACGAGUUGUUGCCGGGAUUGGCGGUUCUGGGAUGUAUCUAGGGGUCCUUACAUACUUCUCUGUCUUUGUCCCAGAGAGGCGUCAGCCACUCUACGUGAGUACAUCCGGAUUCGUUUGGGGACUUGGUACUGUUAUCGGUCCUGUCAUUGGAGGUCUCUUUGCACACAGUAAAGCUACUUGGAGAUGGGCUUUUUAUAUCAACCUUGUUCUAGCUGCUGUGAAGGCUCCCGUGCUGCUACUCCUGGUUCCAGACUAUCUACCAAGUUCCCAUAAUAAAGCCCUCCAAAAGCUGAAAGAGUUAGACAUUAUUGGAAUGAUACUCAACGCCGGAAUAUAUGUUGGAUGGGUAAUCCCAAUGACAUUUGCUUCCACACUCUGGGGAUGGUCCGACUAUCGCACAAUUGCCUCGUUCGUGGUCUUCGGUGUGGUCUUCAUUGCCUUUGCCAUUCAACAAGGCGUCCCUCUAUUCACAACCUUAGAGAGACGCGUUUUUCCAGCUCAAUUUUUGAGACGUUCGGUGAUGGUACUCUUAUACAUUAGCACAUCCUGCACGAACUCGGCCCUCCUCGUGCCUGCUUACUAUAUCCCGCUAUUCUUUCAGUUCACCCGGGGCGACAGUCCCGUGGAUGCUGCGGUCCGCCUCCUACCUUUAAUUAUUCUUGCGAUAGUGUCGGUAAUGAUUCAGGGUAUCACUAUGCCUCUAGUUGGGUACUACGCCCCAUACUACACAAUAAGUGGUGUUCUGAUAGUGGUAGGCUCCACUCUGAUGUCGACAGUUGAAGUGGAUACGCCCGAUUCCAACAUUUAUGGAUACAGUAUCAUAAUUGGAAUAGGUACAGGGCUUUGUGUGCAGGCUUCCUACGGGAUUGCUGCGGCUAAAGUCAAAGAAUAUGAGGUUCAGCAUGCUAUCAAUUAUAUAAACUUGGCUCAAAUCGGUGCGGAGACCAUUUCACUUACCGUCGCCGGAACAAUCUUCCAGCAGCUGGCAUUCAAGAACCUUUCCCUAUACCUGGCUGGACGAGGCUAUACCGCUGCGGAAUUGAUCGCCGCCAUUGCUGGAACGCAAUCCGCUAUCCUUCAGAAUGGCUCUAAGGAAGUCAAGGCACUAGCUAUCAAAGCUAUUGUGGAAGCUAUGAAGAAAGUAUAUAUAUCUAUGAUCGCAGCCGGGUCGCUUCAGGUGAUAUGCUCGUUUUUCCUGCCACGAGAGAAGUUAUUCAUGAAACCUGCCUCUGCAUGA